AAAACCAAACGAAGCCAGAACUGAAAAAUAAUUCACAGCCACAGAAAAGAACUGAAAAAAUUGCGCUGUCAAAAUAGCAAAACCCCAUAAAAACAUUAUGGGAUCUUCUUCUGUUCAUGUCAAGGAAGCUACAGUCAUCGUCCCCGCCGAACCCACCCCCACCAAAAUCCUCUUCCUUUCUGCUCUUGAUUCCCAGCUUUUCUUGCGCUUCACCAUUGAAUAUCUCUUGGUCUACAAGCCUCGUCCCGGCUCCGACCCACGCGCCACCACCGCUCGAGUCAAGCACGCCCUCGCUAAGUCUCUCGUCGCUUAUUAUCCUCUGGCGGGACGGGUCAGGCCCAGGCCAGACGGGUCGGGUCUAGAUGUCCUGUGUCGCGGACAGGGAGCUGUUUUCCUCGAGGCCAUCUCGGAUCACGUCGCCGGCGAUUUUGAACGAGCGCCGAGGUACGUGACUCAGUGGAGGAAGUUGCUGUCCAUCCACGUGGCCGAUGUCCUCAAGGGGGCCCCACCGCUCGUCGUCCAGCUGACGUGGCUGCGAGACGGAAAUGCCACGCUGGGUAUUGGGAUUAAUCAUUGUGUCUGUGACGGUAUCGGCAGCGCCGAGUUUCUCAACUCGUUUGCUGACUUAGCCACAGGCAAAGGCGAGUUAAAGGCGCAUAGACCCGUCUGGGAUCGCCACUUGCUCAAUCCGUCAUCGUCACAGGUGGCGAUUGCUUCUCGUGAUAACCCAUUGAGUCACCCGGAGUUUUCCCGAGUGCCGGACCUUUGUGGGUUCCUCACCCGCUUUGCCAGCGAGCGACUCACUCCUACCUCGGUGGUUUUUGACAGAGAAUGUCUCGACGAGCUGAAGAAGCUAGCAGUUUUCACGAGUUCACACAGUGAGUUAAUCUCCACGUCCUUCGAGGUGCUCUCAGCUCAUGUGUGGAGGAGCUGGGCUAGAGCUCUGAACUUACCCUCGAAUCAAAUCCUGAAGCUUCUUUUUAGCAUUGAUGUCCGGAAGCGAGUCAAGCCAAGUCUACCCAACGGUUUCUACGGGAAUGCUUUCGUGCUAGGUUGCGCGCAGACGAGUGUGAAGGACUUAACAGAGAAGGGUUUAGGCUACGCUUCAACGCUAGUGAAGAAAGCCAAAGAGAGAGUCGACAACGAGCAUGUGAAAUCAGUGACUGAGUUAGUAAGUGGGUUGACAAGAGCGAGCCCUGACUCGGUGGGGGUAUUGAUACUGUCGCAGUGGUCAAGACUGGGUUUAGAAAAGGUUGACUUCGGAUUAGGAAGACCCGUUCAUGUGGGACCUGUUUGCUGCGAUCGGUACUGCUUGCUUCUGCCGGUGAAUGAUCAGAAGGACGCCGUGAAGGUGAUGGUGGCGGUCCCCGCCAGCGCAGUUGACAAGUACGAAUAUUUGGUGCAGAGUCCAUGCUCCUGAGAAGCACUGGAUCCUGGCACACAACAACAUCCGUUGACUCGUAUUAUUGUGUUUGACCUUUUUUAAAAAAAAAAAAAAAAAAUUAACUGAUUGGUCAUUGAAGAUUCCAGUUCUAAUCCUCUACCACCCCGGGAGGGAAAAACAGUAACCAUUUACACAGACCUUGUUUUUUAACAGUUUUUUCUUAUUGAGAAGAAAAGAAAAUUUGUCAGUAACGCCACGUGGAUUUUCAUUGAAAAUGAUUCAAUGACUGUCAAUUUACU